AUGGUAACCAAAAUAGGUCGAAAUAAAUCUGGAACAGAACAAGCAAUGAUGCCUCCCCCAGAUCCUGGAGCAAAAGGUGAUUCUGUUGUACUUCCCAGAGCAUCUAUAUUAUCUGCAGAUGCUAAGGAAUUUGUUCCUAAAUGUUACAAUGCAGAGCAGUUUGAAGAAGCAGGUGGUGGUGGUGAUGCACAUGCUGAUACCUACCCAAUACCAGAGGAGUUAACAGAGAACUUCUUAUCUGAUGUCAUUCAUGACUUGACAUUAAAUCCAGGUCACUAUAAUAGUUCUGUUUCAAUUUUGACAGAGCUUUUACUGAGAGAUUUAACAAACAAAGAUUUGCACAGUCGUAUUAUUGACAUCAUUGUUGAGAAGUCCAUUACACUUCCAAAUUUUCGGUACAAUGGUGCCAGACUUUUGUGUCAUUUUCGAAGUGAAUUACCAAGCAAUUUACAGAAUGACUUCCGAAAUCUUCUCCUAAGAAGGUGCCAAGUGGAGAAUGCGGCACUCUUGACGAUUCCCAAUGUUUUAAAGACACAAGGAUUUGCUAUGUUUCUAGCGGAAUUGUAUAUUCAAAUGAAAGUCACAGUUGGAAAUAAUGACCGCAUUGCAAUUUUAGCUGCGGCGUUAUUUGAAGUGAUGAAAAAUCUACUUACUUCUGAAUCUUGUGAAAAUAUUAAAUGUGUCUGUCAAGUUCUAAAAUUGGCAGGAUUGGCACUUGAUGAAAAAGACACACGCACUAUGGAUGCAGUGGUUGAAAGACUGACUGAAAUUCAAAACUCCUAUGAAAAGGAAAAUACAGUAAGGCUUAUUACAUCUGUUAUUAAAUUACGACAGAAUGCAUGGAGACCACCAUCUCUCAUAUCGUCUGCUGUUUCAGCCUGUGGUAUGGAAAAUGAAGAUAUGCCACAGUUUUUCUUACCUAAUGGGGAUACUCUAAGUCCAGAAGAAAGUCGUUUUCUUCAAGACAACAUUGUACCAUGUGAAGAAUUGGAUGAAUACAGUGAGGAAGGUACUGAGAAUAGCCCAGUACCAAGUAAUUAUGAAGGUGAAGAUACUGAGGAUGAGGAAUUUGAUAAAGCAUUUGAAGCUUUCCUUGCCUUCUCCCAACAAUCCAAGAAGUCAUCUUGAGAAACUGACUUAUUCAAGUGAAGUACUGCUAAGAUCUACUGGAAGACCCGUGUACUGUUCAGCAAGUUGGAGUGAAAGACUGCAUAGCUGCCAACAAAAUUUUAAUUAUUUUUUUUUUAUAAUAUUAUCAGAAAAUAAAUAAAACAAGGCUAUAGCCAUUUCGUAUUUGCAUUUAUAAUUAUUGAAUGUUGUAUUUAUGAUUAAGGGUUGUGAAGCAUGUAAAUAUUUUUGUUGGUGAUGUAUUUCUGUUUAAAAAAAACAAAAAAAACUUGCAGAAUGCAAAAUGAUAUUCACUGUUAUUAUUAGCUUUAGAACCAGGCACAUCUUUACAAGUGAUUAUUUGAAAAGAUUAUGGUGCCAGGUAGAAGUAUGUGGUGUUUAAACCAAUUUACUGUAGUUUUAUUAAGAUGUCAGGAUUAUUAGAAGGUCAAUUUUGGGGAAAAGAAAAUAUAUUCAAAAGAAAAUUGCUGUAGUCAUGUGCCAAGAAUAUUUUUUAUUCAGUAUAAUUUCAUUCAGAUUUUUUUUUAAAUUGAAGUUUAGAAUUUCACGUUCUUUUUUAAAAUUUUAAUUAAAUUAAGGAAAAUUCUUAUUUGUUCUUACAUUAAUAGAAUAUUUUUGUUCUAUGCAAGCUAUGAACUAAGAAGUGAUGUGCAAGUUUUUAGAAGUAAAAUAAUUUUCCAAACUUUUUUAUGCUGAUUUUUAAAUUUCUAAGUUAUUAGAUUCUGUUAUUAAGAAAUAUGUAUGGAGUUAUAAAUAACAUGAUUGCAGUGCAAAUAUUUGUUUUGAUUCAUUUUUUAAUAUAAAUUCCAUGUUGUUCCAUUCCAUGUUGAAUCCAUCCACAUUUUUGAUAGGAAAUUAACUGUAACUAUAAAUGAUUUAACAAACAAAUGGAUGCUGUCCCAUUAAGAAGAACCUCUGUAAGCUGAAGCUCAUUACAACAUUGCUCAAUAGAUUUUUGGGCUCUUAUCUCAAGAUUAGCUCAUUUCUUAGGGCUGUCAAAUUUAGCCUGCUUUCUUUUCUUUUUUAAGUAAGGAAGUCCUAAAAGGGUUUUGAGAACAUACGUGUAGUUGUUCUUAUUUGUUUUCUCAGCUUUACAUUUCAUUUCCGCAAUUUAAGAAAAAAACAAUAUUUAUUUAAUUAUUCAUAUCCACUUCAUGAAUUCUUUUUCGAGUUCCAAAGUAUUCUGUGUUGCUCAGAUAAUUUGUAUUGUACCAUACCCGCAAGGAAAGUUGCAUGAAUGCACUUGAUCAUGCACCAAAAUAAAGUAUAUUAGUGCCAUCUUAAAUACGUUUGAGUAAGUUUUGUAAGACUUUGAGAAUCUGAUUGUUAAAUAUCUUUGUCAGAUAGAUGUUUAGUUAUGUGUAAAGAAAUGGUUAUUGUUGUGUUUAAUGCAUAGUUACUGAAACUUUGCUCAUUAUCAAUUCCUAACAGGUUGUAUUAUAGAGCAUUUUCAAAUGUAUUACAUGCAUGCUCAUUGUUACCAAUGAUUUUUUGCAAUAUGACAUUCACUGCUAACAGUCUGGGUCAUAUUUAUCUGUUGUGAUGUUCUCUGAGUGAGUAAAGGAUGUGAUAAGUAUCUAACUGUGGGUUUAGGGGCUCACCAUCUCAGUUAGGGUCUAGCCAUCCGGCUAAUCAUUUUGGAGGUGGCCAUUGUAACUUUUUGUUAAAUAAUAAACAUUUGUUAUUAUAUUGUAUAUUAUUUUUGAAAUGCAUAUAUGAUACUAUACAAUAUUAUUUUUUAAAUAAUUACAUAAU